UGUGAGCUGAAUGGUGAAGGCAGUACAGUCAGUCCACGCGCUAUGUGUGAUGCCCUUUUGUGGGAAAGUCCUACUAGAUAGAGCACACAGACACACUCACAGAGGGACAUAAAGAAGUAAACUGCGUGUAAAUGACCAGUUAAACAGACGGGAAAACGAGAACAUGAUUUGAGGGUGCUAGGAAAGGCGUUUUGCUUUUCAUGUAGUAGAGAGCGUUCAUUUAGGCUACUGGAUGCAGUCGCUAUUGUUGUGAAGCGAGAGAGACGUGCGGACGCGCUGAGGAGUUUGAGAAAAGAGCGUUUUACUCCUCUGCCUUUCUAUUUUGUUGUCUUCAGUUAUAUUUGGUGUUAUACGCAUGGCUCCUCCUGAACUGUUGUUUCUGGACACAUGGAGCUGGUCUGUGAUGUGAAAACUGAUUUUCUUGGAUACGCCGUGGAUUGGAUUUGGAUGCGUUUUGAAAGUCUGGAUCGUUUGAUUCAUUUACUCGUCAUUUACUUCUUCCAAAAAUGUUGCUCAACUCUCAAGACAGAUUAAGUGUUUGAAGAGCAGUGGGAGUCUGAACUUUAAAUCGGGAGCCGAUAUCCCCCUUGAAUGAUGCCCAUAGACAGACUUGCAGACAUGGAGGAGAAACUUCGUAUUUUGGAGGAUCUCAAUAUGAUAUACAUUCGUCAGAUUGCCCUGAGUCUAAAGGACAGUGACAUCCAGAAGAAGAUCGACUAUGAGAUCCGGAUGCGUGAGGGUGCUUGUAAGCUGCUGGCCGCAUGUUCUCAGAGGGACCAGGCGCUGGAGGCCUCCAAGAGUCUCCUCACCUGCAACGCCCGCAUCAUGGCCUACAUGUCAGAGCUGCAGCGCAUGAAGGAGGCACAAGUCAUGCAACGGGUCGCACGCAGGUCUUCUGAUGCAGGUCCAAUGGAUGACCGAUCCCCAUGUAAAGGCAAAGUAGCCAUUUCAGAUCUACGGAUACCUCUAAUGUGGAAAGACACAGAGUAUUUUAAGAAUAAAGGAGAGCUGCAUCGGUGCGCUGUAUUCUGUCUGCUUCAGUUGGGUGGAGAGAUCUUUGACACAGACAUGGUGAUGGUGGACAGGACGCUGACAGAUAUCUGCUUUGACAACACAAUUGUCUUUAAUGAGGCCAGUCCAGGGUUCGAGCUGCGGGUGGAGCUGUAUAGCUGUUGUUCAGAGGAGGACUACUCAGCAGGCAGCACACCACGGAAGCUGGCCAGCAAGCUGAGCUCAUCUCUGGGAAGGUCAACAGGAAAGAAAAUGAGGGCGGCCUUGGAGCCCGGAGCCUGCAGCCCCACUAGCAAUGGAGGAGGAGCGACAAUCCUGCUGCCUGUGCCCUCUGUACCGGGCCCCAAAUAUCAUCUUUUGGCUCACACGACCCUCAAUCUCUCUCACGUCCAGGAUAGCUUCCGCACACAUGACCUCACCAUCACAGGAAAUGAGGAGUGUUCGUACUGGCUGCCUCUGUAUGGCGGUGUAUGUUGUCGUCUGGCCGCUCAACCUCACUGUAUGACACAACAAAUGAUGAGUGGCUGUCUGAGGGUAAAGCUUGGAGGAGAGCCACAAGGAUGGACAAAUGUCUAUGGUGUUUUAAAAGGAACAAAUCUCUUCUGUUAUCAUCAAAAAGAGGACAUGGAGGCCAAUGUGGAGCCUGUCUUAACUAUUGGGAUUAACAAAGAGACGAGAAUACGGGCUGCAGAGAAGGAUCCUCACAGCAAGGCACAGAAUAUCUGUAUCACUAACCAGUAUGGAGGAGAGGAAGUGACGCACACACUAGCUGCAGACAGCAGAGAAGAGACACAGCGCUGGAUGGAGGCCUUCUGGCAGCAGUUCUAUGAUAUGAGCCAGUGGAGGCAGUGCUGUGAUGACCUGAUGAAGAUUGAGCUGCCUUCCCCACGCAAACCUGCCAUAGUCACACCGAAGCAGGGCUCCCUGUACCAUGAGAUGGUUAUUGACACGUCUGAUGACAUCGGAACGGUCACUGACAUCCUGGCCCGUCGUAUUGAAGAGUUUGAGCUGAGGGCCCAGCUCGGAUCUCCGCCUCACUGGAUGGCCUUGUUUGAUGAAGAUCCCCCGAGAUCCCCUCACACCCAUCAGCACCUGCCACCCCACUUGCCCAGUCCUCGCCUGCACAGCCGCCAGCCCCGCAGCCCACGCUGCCACCGCACACCCGGCCUUCUCUCCUCCAACGCCAGCCUGACCUCAGACAGCGACAGUCCCGCCAGCGUCAGCCCCUGUUUCCGCCAGGCGUGGUCCCCUGGCGCCUCAUCCUCCUCGGGUCGCUUCCGGCCCCGUACCCUCUCCCUGGACGCCAAGCUCUCCACUCUGCGUGGUCGGGGCUACGGUGGCUUUCGGUGCAACUGCCAGCCGCCCACCGCCAGCUCGGUGUCUCCACGCCCCGCUCAGACUGCUCUGUCCUGCUCCAGUUCCACUUCCAGCAGCACCUCCAGCGAGGGAAGCAACAGUCAAGAGUCAGACCUGGGCUUCUCUAGACCGUCCGGCGCACGCCGCAGCUUGAGGAACCUGAGAGCUAAGCUAGACCCCAGGAACUGGCUGCAGAGUCAGGUGUAGCGUUCACACUUCUGAUUACUGUCAGAGCCAUCACAACUUCCUGUGUCCCCUGGAAAAAAACUGGAAUACCUGAAAUCCUGUAUGUUCAACUGUCAUUGUGUUCUCUUUACAUAAUAAGAUCAACAUGAAAAAUUAACUUUUUCUUCUGCCUCAACAAUGGGAAUUCAGUAAUAUUAGUUAUAUAAUACACUACUAAUAUAUAUAUAUAUAGCAUUACACAUUGUCUCUUAAUGGAAAGCUGAUUAUUUUGGAUCUUUGGGGAGUGAAGAUGUUUCAUGUGAGACAGAUUCCUGGAACAGUGGUUUUAAACUGGAUUGAAGCAAUUGUUUUGGUGUUGUAAGUACUUUUGGGCCAGUCAUUGUGUCUGUGCGUGCUGUGUUAGAUAAAUGCUUAAGAAAGUGCUGUCAGGAUCAAAUCUGCUGAGUAUUCAUCAUCGCUCACAUUGAGGCUGGCAAAUACACUACCGUUCAAACGUUUGGUGUCUAAAAGUCACUUCUGCUCAUCAAGGCUGCAAUAAAUUGUUCACAAAUGCGGUAAUAUUGUUAAAUACUAUUAUAAUUCAAAAUAACUUUUGAAUAUUCAAAUAUUUUAAAAUGUAAUUUAUUCCUGCAAUGGCAUAGCUGAAUUUUCAGCAUCAUUACAUAAUCAUUCUGAUAUGCUGAUUUGGUGCUCAAGAAAUAUUUCUGGUCUCGUUACUGGCAUUUUUGAUCUAUGUAUUGCACCCUUGCUAAAUUAAAGUAUUCAUAUCUUAAAAUCUUAAUGAUCCCAAACAUUUGAACGCUAGUGUAUUUUAGGAUCAGUGAUUUUGAUAACAUAGUAUUAAUAAACCUAACGUGUGAAAAUUAGCUUAACUCUGACGAAUUUCACUUUAUUAGCAAGUACCACUGCUCCUUAAGCACACAAGCCUGCAAGAAGAAAGUCUUAUAAUAUCAGUUUAAAUUCUGCAUUUUUGUUUCAAUUGAUGAUUAUGUGAUUAAGGACUUUACCAACUACUGACUUUCUGCCAAGGCUCACUGUCACUUUUGUUGAUGUUGUGCUGUAUGGGUUUUUGGACAUAUACUGACAACUUGUGCUUUGGAUCCGGUAUCACACAAAUUUUUUCAUUUACAGACAUUUGUAGUUGUAGAAAUGCUCUAUUUGCAGUCAGCUAUGGCUCCAUUUAAUCUUUGAUUUAAAAGUGUCUAGUAAUAGAAGGAUUACUGAGUUAAAGUGAGCAGUAUUUUGCUGGUCCUGUGAUCUUAAGGAGACACGCUCUAUGUAAAAUGAAACAGCUUUAUUAUGCUAUUGAUGUGAUUCAUAUUUAACAGUACAUGAUUUGAUACAUAUUUUUUAAAAGUACUAUACUUUCUUUUUGUGACACCUGAGGAAAAUUGCAUCUUACAAUAUCUGCUAUAAUGUCUGUUUGCAUGGCUUCCGUAUAUAUGCAAAGGUCCAGACGUCACAAGACUCUGUAUUCAGGUUUAUAACGAUGGGAUAUAAUGUGACUCCGUUAACUACCUGUGACUGUAACGACCUCAGGAUUACUGUACAUACCUUAUCUCACUCAGCAAAUGUGAACACCUAUCAGUUGGAAAAAGUCAAAAAUCAGAAUGCACAUUAACCAGGAUUCAGCACAAGCAAUGAAACAUGCCUUGGAAGCUGAACGUUUUGGGUGCUUUGUUUUUGAGUCACUACAGUAAAGGCCUGUCUGAUGGAGAAGGGUUGCAAAGGCACUACUAUGCAAAGCUACAACAGCUCUAAGUUAAUUGUGUUUUCUAGAUUUCAUUUACAUCAGCGGUACAUGCAAUAUUUUAAGAUUUUCCCUUUUCCUUGUUGGCUUGCAGGUCAGUUUUGUCAAGCACUUUGUGUUUCAGUGUCAUAUGGCAUCUUCCAGCUCAGAUAAAGUGCGUAUUUGCUUGAAGGCAAUUAUAUUAGCAAUAUUUACAAUAAUGAAACUCUAGUUGGAUAACUAUUAUUGUGAUUUCAGUAAAAGCUCAGGAGUGAAGUUACAGUCCAUCUUGCCAUAAAAAUAUUAUACAUACAGGUUAACAUUUCUGUAAUUCAGAAAACAUGUCUGCUCAAUAUAUAUAUAUAUAUAUAUAUAUAUAUAUAUAUCCAAACCUAUUUUUUUUUUUUUCCAUGAGAGUAAAAAAUGUUGAGAUGGAGACACAUGGUUUUCUUUAUAUAAUUACAUGUAUAGUGUAUUACAAAUAUCAGAAAAUUGAAAGUCUAGAAAUGUCAGACUAACUGACAUUUCUCUUAAAUUCAGAAUUAGUAGUUAAAAGUUUUGUCCUAGUACUAUGAUGCUACAAAAUUAACAGUUCUCACUCGAAGGGCCACUGACUUGUAUUUAAAACUGUAAAUUCAUUCAAACACUGUUUGUUAUUGUAAAGUUUUGUAAUUUUCAUUUUGUGCUUUUAUUAAAGUUGUAUUUUACCAUAUUAAUUUUUGUUAUAAAUAAAGUUAUAUUGACAUUUGAUCAGUUGAGUAAAGCUCUAACUAUCUUGGUAGAUAACAUUGAAUGUUAAUCUGGAGGUAAGUGUCAUUUCAGCAGGUGGUCUGCAUGUCUUUGGACACAUAACUAAUAGAUUCAUGUACAAUAACAAUUUAUUGUAAAGAAUUACCUAAAUUAAAAGUAAGCAGCAUUUUUGUGUGUGUAUGUGUGUAAUUCUCUUGAUUCUUGCAGUGCUUGUCAAAUGACUAAAUGUUUCAGAUAAACUCAUUGUGACCCAGUAAAGUGAA